AUGUUUAUUGGAGGCCUCAGCUGGGACACCAGCAAGAAAGACUUGACAGAGUAUCUGUCUCGAUUUGGCGAGGUUGUGGAUUGUACGAUUAAAACAGACCCAGUCACUGGGAGGUCGAGGGGGUUUGGGUUUGUGCUCUUCAAGGAUGCUGCCAGCGUGGAGAAGGUAUUAGAACUGAAGGAACACAAACUGGAUGGGAAGUUAAUAGAUCCUAAAAGGGCAAAAGCCCUAAAAGGGAAGGAGCCACCAAAAAAAGUGUUUGUUGGUGGGCUGAGUCCAGAUACGUCUGAAGAACAGAUUAAGGAGUACUUUGGUGCUUUUGGCGAGAUUGAAAACAUUGAGCUUCCCAUGGACACAAAGACAAAUGAAAGGAGGGGCUUCUGUUUUAUCACGUACACAGAUGAAGAGCCGGUAAAGAAGUUGCUAGAAAGCAGAUACCAUCAAAUUGGUUCAGGCAAGUGUGAGAUCAAAGUAGCACAGCCCAAAGAGGUAUACAGGCAACAGCAGCAGCAGCAGAAAGGAGGAAAAAGCAAUGCGGCUGGUGGACGAGGAGGUGGAAGGGGGCGUGGACGGGGUCAGGGACAAAACUGGAAUCAAGGAUUUAAUAACUACUAUGAUCAAGGAUAUGGAAACUACAAUAGCGCUUAUAGUGAUCAAAGCUACAGUGGCUAUGGAGGAUACGACUACUCUGGGUACAACUAUCCUAAUUAUGGAUAUGGACCGGGAUACACAGAUUACAGUGGUCAACAAAGCACAUAUGGAAAGGCAUCCCGUGGUGGCGGCAAUCACCAAAACAACUACCAGCCGUACUAAAGCACUACCAAGUACUUGAGGAAACAGGUAGAGAUACUGCAACAAAGCCAUCUUACAGCGCAUCGUGAGUGAAUGGAGGGUGGCCUUCGUGAGAGGAAAUAACUAUUUUGUAAAAGACAUUUAGUGUAUGACACAACUGUGUCCAACUGUACAUAGCAGCCGAGUAGUUUUCUUUUAUGGUUUUACUUUUAUGGUUUUACUUUCUUUUUGCCAUUCAUGUUAUGACACAAUGUGGAUUUGUGUUUAUACGAAUUUUAUUUGUAUAAUUUCAUGUUAAAGGAUUCUCUAAUAAAUGCUUACUUAAUUGAAUGU